AUGCCUUUAAAUGUGGUAAUACCAUCUGAACCAAAAGACCCUACGCUGAUAUAUAAAUACAACAAAAAAGAGGUAUACUCAGGUGAACUUGAAGGAAUACUUAUUUUAUGUUUUUUAGCAAUUUUCCUUGGAGUAAUUUUUAAGGUGAUUGAAGUUAUCUUUGUAGUUAUUUUUGUGUUAAUUUCCAUAUACUUAACAGCAAGAAAUGGAGAAUUAAACCUUGUUUCAAUAUUACCUAUGAUUAUAAUGAUCGUGAUGACAUUAGGAAUGUCGUGGGUUCAACAAAAGAGCUUUAAUAAAAAGCAAACGAGUAAAUUUGAAUUAUAA